UCGUCAGAUAACAGACUGACUAAGUAAACAUAAACGGUUGCUUUUAUCGUUUUCCUUUUGCCUGUGAGAAAUUCCUAACAAAAAUAUGAACAAGGAUCGACCAUCAGACACUGACAAGCAUACCCUUUGUAUUGCAUCGCCAUUUUCGGGGUUGGCUAAACUAAUACAGGAGCAAAUACCUUCCCUUAAUGUUGUAAACAUUCCACUAACAGGAGUUUUUCACAAACAACCAAAUAUUGAGGAAUUGAUAGAUGAUGUGAAAAGAAGCAAGGCUGAUAUCAUUAUUACUUGGUCACGUAUCUCUGUUGAACUUCUAAAAAGUGGAAAAUGUACAAACAUUAAAUGGUUUCAAGGCUGUAGCGCAGGCAAGUAACAUUUGUUUGAAGCAUUUCCUAAGCAGCCACAAAACAUCAUUUUCACGAGACUGGGUGAAGGAUUUGGCGAAUAUAUGUCGGAAUAUGUGCUUGGACAAAUAAUUUCCAGGGAACAUUUUUUCCCUCAAAUGUUAGAAUCUCAAAAAGCGAAGAGAUGGGAAAGAACGGGGUUUGUCCAGAAGCGCUCGCUGUCAAAGUUGUCUAUUGGGCUUUUGGGAACUGGAGCGAUUGGGUCCAAAAUUGCAGCAGUUUGUAAAGCGUUUGGUAUGGUGGUUUGGGGAUUGUCAAAAUCUAAGAAGGAGGCAUCAAUUCCACAUUUUGACCUUCUUAUGGAGAAGAACGAACUCUCAAAAUUCCUUGCAGGCUGUGACUACGUUUGCAGCGUUCUACCAAGCACACCAGAUACUAAAGGGAUGCUGUCUGGAAAUAUUCUACAAGCAUGCCAGGACAAGAGAUCUGUGUUCAUUAAUAUAGGACGGGGUGAUGUCAUUGAUGAAUCGUCUUUACUGAACGCCUUGAACAAUGGUUGGAUAGGAGGGGCCAUCCUAGAUACAACAGACAAGGAACCACUACCUCCUGAGAGUGAAUUGUGGUCACAUCCGAACGUAACGAUAACUCCUCAUAUAGCGGGACCUCCUUCAACAGACACUGUACAUAAGCAUAUAAAUUGCAAAAGUAUUUGUUUCAAAUUACAACAAGUUUAUCCGUGGACAGCCAUUGGAUUACCUCCUUGACUUUGAGCGUGGAUAUUAGACAGAUUAAAGGCCACUUUUCAUGAAAUGGACAAAAUUAAUCAUGGUUUGAAACACAACCAAUAAUAAAGCAGCAUAAUUAAAUUUACAUUUCAAAUAAUUUACCGCUAUCUGUUCAUUACGAAGCAAUACAUUUAUCAAUAUUUUGGAAAAGGGACAUUCCAUAGCAUGAUAUAUGUAUACAGUAUACCAUAUUAUGAUUAAUUUACAAUGGAGGAAAAUAUAAAUGAUAUAAGCAGUU